AUGGAAAGAGGCGUACGCCAGGGCGAUCCCUUAUCACCAAAACUUUUCACUGCAGUUUUGGAAGACGUCUUUCGACAAUUAGAUUGGGCGACAUGUGGACUAUCCAUUAACGGUGAAAAUUUAUCACAUCUCAGAUUUGCUGAUGAUCUAAUAAUCCUAUCAUCAUCAAGUAAUGGGCUACAGGCGAUGCUAGAUGAUCUUGUAAGAGAAAGUGGCAAGGUGGGAUUGGUCAUGAAUACAUUAAAGACCAAGGUUAUGACCAAUGGUAAGGAAGAACCUAUACUGGUGAAUAACAAUCCACUAGAAUAUGUCAAGGAGUACAUAUAUUUAGGCCAGGUAAUCGCUCUGGCUGAUCAGACCACAAAAGAGAUAGACAGGCGCGUGGGAAAUGCCUGGAAACAGUUUUGGAGCUUGAAGGAGGUCAUGAAGAGUGGUGGUAUCAGUAUAGGCAUUAAACGGAAACUCUUUGAUGUCAGCAUACUCCCUGUACUCACAUACGGCUGCCAAACUUGGGCACUCACCAAAGCAAAUAUUAAAAAGCUGGAAACUUGCCAAAACUCCAUGGAAAGAAAUAUUUGUUGCAGGUUUUCGAAACUAUCAGACAGGAUGUUUGCUUUCGACAUAGAUUACAAACAUUGGAGUGAAAUACAUUAUCCUAGAGCACACUUGCGCGACACUUAUGUGCCACGAGAGAGAGCUUUCCACACCUCGACUAUUAUAGGUAAUUAUUUGAUCGUUUUCGGCGGUUAUUCGCAUCGGCACAACAAAGACGAGAUCUGUUACGACAGUCAAAUGUAUAUUUAUCAUUUGGGUUGUCACUCGUGGAUACCUUUAGAUGUAUUAGGUAAAACUCGUAAGCUGUAUCCGAAGAAGCAAGGAGUGUUCGCCCACGCGGCUGAUCUGAAGCCGCCUUCGACUUUGCUUAUUGCUGGGGGAUAUCACGGCAACGUAAACGGUGACCUAUUAGCAUUCAUAGUUCCCAGUUGGCAAGCGGGGAUAUUGAAUAAAAAUCCAGAAUCCUCAUGUCCGCGUCAUCAUUCGCAACCUGAAUGUCUAGCCGAUCCUGAAUGUGGAUGGUGCUCUGCGGAUAACAUAUGUUACGGACGUACGAUUGGCUCGAAUUGUACCACAAAUCUGCAGUCAAUACGUUGCGGCGGCAUCUGUCCUGCCCUAGGCGAUUGCCACUCUUGUCUCAUCCACGGACCGCCGCUGGAAAACCAGAAUGUGUCCCGCAAACCUCUUCCCUCAGUGAGCACGAAGCUCGGCCUGCAACAGUGUAACUGGUGCGUGCAAAACGCACGUUGCCAUCACAAAGACGAUAAUUACGGAGUUUGCGGAGAAGACACGCCUUCCGAAAAUCCGGGCUGGUGGGGACCGACCGGUACCGAAGUAACCACACCAGACGAGUGUAAAAUUCUUGACAAAAGACCGGGUCUAACGUUUCUUAGAUACCAACAGCCGGCCGAUUGGAACCACCCCGACGGCGUGUCCGUUGUAAACGCGACCACCGUGGACUGGGGCACGGGGUCGGGCAGUAACCAACUGUUCAUAGGAACGAGCGAAGCACAUUUAAAAGGAUGGCUCCACAUCCCGCAACAUUGGAAUGGAACUGGGGAAACGCUGCACGUAUGCGCCGGGUAUUCGAACGUUUCUAUUCAAUUAGGUGAUAACGCAGAUGCAGUGACGAACUUAACGGCGCAACCUUCAGCUUGUUCCCUCGUCGACUGGCCAAUAUUAAACCCGGGGAAGCUAUCAGUAGAUAUGCACGCGAAUGAUUCUUUACACACCGGACUAUACCCCUCACAUCAUCAUGCCAAAAUGGAAUUAUUGCACAACAAGUCUCAGGAGAGUGCCAAGGUUUUCACAUUUGAAUUUUUGGAACCGUUCUCCGACGGGCAAUGCUCUAACUACGACAAUUGUUUGUUGUGCUUAUCUGAUGCCGCUUGCGGUUGGUGUGAACUGACGAAUCGAUGCGAACCCAGAAAUGCUGACGAGAAAUCGGUGUGCGUCGUGGACGGCCAGUGGAGGUAUCUCACAUUGCUGCCGGCCGCUUGUCCAAACUGUUCCAAUUACAUAAGCUGCGAGCGCUGCGUGUCCGGCCCGCACUGCGAGUGGUGGGCGGACGAGGCUCGCUGCACGCGGCGCGGCCGGGCCGCCGGCGCCGUGCUGGACGCCGCAGACUGUCCGGCGCCGUGCCGCAUGCGCCUCGACUGCGAGCACUGUCUCGACGAGCGCGGCCGCUGCGUCUGGUGCGAGGCCACUCAUCAGUGCUUCAGCUUCAGUGUUUACACCAGUGAAUAUCAGUUCGGCUUGUGUCGAGAGUGGCUCGACCGGGCCUCCGUGCCGGCCGAAGAAGCCAUGCGAAAAUCUGGUCAGUGCAAAUCUUGUGGACGCCACGCUCAAUGUUCUACGUGUUUGCGCAGUAUGGGUUGCGGAUGGUGUCACUCGUUUGAGAACCCUAUUAACGGCGCUUGUACCGAGGGCGAUUUCACUAAACCUCAUAACGAUUGCGCUCUGUUGUUGAACGUGACCCCUGAGGACGCGGGGUGGGCGUAUGCGCAGUGUCCGGACGUCGACGAAUGCGGCCUCGGCCUUCACGACUGCCACGAGCAUGCCGAUUGUACCAACACGCACGGGUCGUACACAUGCAAAUGUAAACAGGGUUAUAUAGGCGACGGCAAAAAAAGCUGCGUCCAAACGUGUUACAAUAACUGCAUUCACGGGUACUGUCUCGGUGCUCCUCAAUAUAAAUGUCACUGUGACCUCGGAUGGACCGGUGCGGACUGCUCUAUUAAUUGCGGAUGCCACAAUCAUUCGACGUGUAAAGGUGGCGUCGGUCGAUGUGACGAAUGCCAAGACUGGACUGAAGGUAAAUUCUGCGAGAGAUGUAAACCGGGAAGCCACGGUAAUGCAACAACCGGACAGGGAUGUCGCCGGUGUGACUGUAACGAUCACGGAGAUGAAACGCGGGGCUUUUGUGAUGUGACCACAGGAGAGUGCAUUUGUAAAGACAACACCGAAGGACUGAAUUGUGAACGAUGUAAAUCGAAAUUUUACGGCGACCCUCGUCACGGUGGUCGAUGUUAUUAUCAAUGCGAACCCAGAGGCAUGAUCAAUGCCUCCGAAAUAGAGGGUAUCGGAUCGUAUAAAACCGACCCUGAUAUAAAGAGUAUAGGCCCCUCAAAAGAAUGUUUGUGGAUCAUAUCAGCGGCGGACGUCAAGGACGCUAUUAUUUUGUUUACUGUGAACUCGUCUACUUUCAACGUGCCGUGCGAUGAAAACGCAGUUUACGUGUACGACGGUCUGGGCGGCGUUCCAGACAUGAGUAAUAACCAGCAGAGUCAAUUGUUGGGUGUGUUCUGUAACGGCGCUUCUUCUGGUAUAGUCGAAGCUAGAAGUGGAAAUUUGACAGUACAUUACAAACAAGGACAACCCGAUCAGGGGUUCGAGGGUGUAUAUAAGAUGCUGGCGUGCGAUGGACAUUGCGCUUGGCCGAGGGAAUGCAGUAAACGUCAUUGUGCUUGCAGGGACGGCUAUGGGGGGCCGAACUGUGAAUUCGAAAUCUGUAGGAACAAUUGUUCCUUGUCCCAAAACGCGGGUAGUUGCGACCUUAGCUACGGACGGUGCCUCUGUAACGAGGGAUACGGUGGCGAUGAUUGUUCUGUUAAAAUAGACAAAACGCAGUUAGUGUUCACAGAGCUAUUUAAUUCGGAAUAUUUAUCGGACGGAUUGGAUCACCUCAGGAAAACCUUACCGAGAUUCGGGCACACUUUAGUUGCCGAUCGACGUGGAUUGUGGAUGUUCGGUGGAUAUUCACUCUCACACGGUCCACUUAACGAUAUCAGGUUUUUUGAUACGAAAAAUAAUACAUGGAUGCAGGUUACAGUGGAAGCAACGCCGGAUGCGAAAAUGCCCGAAGGUCGAUACUUCCACGCAGCUGAAAUAUAUCAUUCUAAACAAAAUAUUUAUAUCUACGGUGGUUUGAGCUUACAAGAGAAAAGUGGACAGAAUAAGACUUUAGGUGAUUUCUGGCAAUUCAGUUUGAAAGAUCAACGAUGGGCUAAUAUAAAAAGCAAAGACGACAAGCCUCCACCUUUAGCUGGCCAUACAUUAACUUUACAAAAGUAUCAAGACUACGAGAGCUUAGUUUUGAUCGGGGGGUUUUCACUGGAGGGUGGGUUUAUGUCCGACAUUUGGGAAUUCGAUCUUGACAACGAAAAAUGGGCAAAAUUAAAUUGCGAGGGAGCAAAACCAACGGGCAUCAUCGGGCACAGCAGCGUAUAUCACGCUCCUUCGCAAAGCCUCUACGUUUUUGGUGGAAUAUUGUAUUCUUAUAACGGAACGAGUUUGUCGAAUAAACUCUUUUCAUUUCACUACCCUACUAAGAAAUGGAGCGAGCUUCCUAUUUUUCCAACUUUACAUCACUAUAACGAUAAUUUGCCACAAGCAACAUAUUUACACUCUGCGGUCACAACGAAUGAUUACAUGAUAAUAUUCGGUGGGAGAACAGAGCCCGAACACAGAUCGGACUCUUUAAUCGCGUACGUCUAUAGUUGUAAUCAGUGGGUGCGUUUAGUGAAAGGUGUCAGUAUUGUCGGACAUCCACCUCCGCCCACAAUAGCACACGCUAUGGCCAUAGACAGUGAAACGGAAAACGAAGGAUACAUUUAUAUAAUAGGAGGUUGGACGGGUAGCGCUCAUUGCCAAGUGACGCGGAUCUCUCUGCCGGAGGAUCUCUGUUCGCUAUGGAGUUCCAGUAAAAUGGAGUGCCGCAGUCAUAUGGGUUGCAGUUUCUGCAGCACCGGAAAUUACACGAAAUGCUAUUCAGUCGACAAGCCGGGAUGUGAGAGCGGUGAGCGGGUAUCAACGAAUACGGGUUCCGCGUGCGAUGCCGAAUUGGUAUCUAGGCGUUCGUGUGAAAAUUUCACUACGUGUGCUUCUUGUCUGGGCGCUUGGCCUUUGUAUCCUGAAGAGAAGCCGGCGUGUAGGUGGUGCGAAUCGUGUGCUGCGGCUGUGGGCGAGUGCGUGCCGACGGAUGAGUCUUGUACGAGUAUGAAGUGUAACGCUGGUACAACGUAUAUCAGCGACGUAGGUCAAUGUCCCGAGCUCAGAUGUGUGGCGUCCGACUGCGAUAGAUGCGUAUCCAAUCAGUGCACGUGGACCAGACACGCAAAAAGAGAAGGUCAGAUAACGAGAGUGGUGGAAGACGCACAAGAAUUAUUCAAUUGGACUUGUGUGUCGAUCGACGAACCUGGACGCGCGAGUCUUCGGCCUACCACCAGGGAGGAGUGUCCCAGUCGCUGUCACCUAUUCGAAGAUUGCCAAUCGUGUUUGAGUUCAGAGGGAAGCGAGGGCGGUUACUCUGAAUGUCACUGGGCAACGUAUUUAGGCAAAUGCAUAUCGCCUGCCUAUCAACCGGUGUAUUGCGCGGGCGGAGUUUGCGGUUUAGUUUUAACGAAAGCGGAUAAGAACAAGUGUCCGGCGCCGUGCGGGACCUUCGAGCAGUGUUCGGAGUGCCUGCACCACUCGCACUGCGGCUGGUGCGCUGUGGACGGCGCCAACGGGGAGGGCGUGUGCGCCGAGGGGUCCAUCGACUCGCCGCUCGAGUACUCGGCGCGGACUACUUGCGCGGCCGUGUACGAAAGCGCGCACCAGACGAACAACACUAACGAAACGUUCUCGUGGCACUACACGCGCUGUCCGCCGGAGAACGAGUGCGAAAAUAAUCACCACCAAUGUAAAGCUGAGUCAGAGGUGUGCCGCGACCUGCCGUUCGGGUACGAGUGCGCGUGCGGGCGGGGCCACCGGCGCGCGGCGGGAGGGGGGUGCGCCGCCGUGUGCUCGCAGGGCUGCGUGCGCGGCGCCUGCGUGCAGCCCGACCUCUGUCGCUGCGAGUUCGGCUACGUCGGCGCCAACUGCACCAUCCAGUGCCAGUGCAACGGACACUCCGACUGCGAGGGUCCCGACAAACUCGACAAAUGUAUCAAGUGUCAUAAUAAUACCACCGGUAAUCAAUGCGAGAAAUGCAUGCCUAACUUCGUGGGAGAUCCGGUGAACAAUGUCCAGUGCGUGCCGUGCUCCUCUUAUUGUUACGGACAUACGCUGAAGUGCACGAACGAGGGGGAACCUGUCUCGGCGGCUGUGGAGGGUGAAGAAUUCUACAGAGACGCGGCGCCGUCCACACGUGCGCGGUGCGUGCGCUGCGCUAACAACACCGACGGCCAGCGCUGCGAGCGAUGUAUCGAAGGAUACUUCAGGGGUUCCGAGGACUUCCGAGACCCUUGCAGGCCUUGCGAAUGCCACGGUCACGGCGACACGUGCGAUCCCGUCACCGGCGAGAAGUGCAACUGUGGUAAUAACACUGAAAGUGACGUCUCCUGUCAAACUAGCAGCUCAAGCAAGAAUUCGGCACAGGAAUGCUGGCGUUACCAGUGCGUGAAAUGUAAGGACCUAUACAUGGGCGACCCGAGGAACGGACAUCAAUGUUAUAAAACGAUUAAUAUCGAGAAUCGACUGUGCUUUGACGGGAAAUCCAUUGACGAAUGUAAAAUAAAGCCUCGACCUCUGUUCCCCGGUCAGACCGUAUUCUUUGCAGUUAAUCCACGUUAUAUGAACGUUGACAUAAGAGUUAUAGUGGACGUGACCCAGGGCUCUGUCGACUUAUACAUGAGUCCGAACGAUAGCUCGUUUGUGGUCUCGGUGAACUCGAGCACAGGGGCUCACAACGUCGAGCUAGAUCCGACGUACUACAAGCACGAGCCUUUCAGGAAGAUGCCGACGUUCGACGAAGACGAACCCGAGAAGCCGCACAUGUUCUGGUACUACGACAAGAUCGAGUAUCUGCUCGCGGACUACACGGCGAAGGACCUGGCAACGUACGUCGCCAUAGACCGGAGGAACGUUCUGUUGCGCGUCAGGAACCUCCGCAAUCGGCUCGUGCUCACACUGCCUCAUAACAUCCACGACCUCGCGCACACUAAGUUCUACAUAGUGGUUCGUUCGCGGCACACAGACGACGGCUCCGCUAGCUACGGCGUCGUAUAUUUCCGUCAGGACCAACUCCACAUAGAUCUGUUUGUGUUCUUUUCUGUGUUUUUCUCGUGCUUCUUCCUUUUCCUCGCCGCUUGUGUUGUCGCGUGGAAGGCUAAGCAGGCGGCCGACGUGCGACGCGCCCGACGAAGGCACGUGGUGGAGAUGCUACAUAUGGCUAAACGUCCGUUCGCGGUCGUGACGGUAGUCUUAAACGGCGGAGUGACGUCAUCUGGGGGUCGCCGGCGCCGCGGCCCCGACCUGCGUCCUAUCGCCAUCGAACCCACUGGCGACGGGCGGGCCGCCGUCACUUCUGUACUCGUCAGGUUGCCCGGAGGCGCCCGCGCGCCCGUGCGGAUGGCGCUAGCGUCGUCGCUGGUGGUGGUGGGGCGCACCGCUGCCCCGCGCCCCCGACCGCGCCGCCCUCCUCCCCUCGCGCGUCUGGCCGCGCACACCUAGCACCACUGCGCCGCCUGUCACCGCUGCGUCUGUCCGCGCCACGACAUCCAGCUUCAUCAUAUGUGAGCGAUGCCCUCGGUGGACAGGCGGCCUUUCGAGACCCAGCUUCAGCUUGGCGCACUCAAAUUACUAUCGAAGUAUACUUUCGUCAUUACGGCCCGAUCACAAACAGUGCGCGCUGUGUUUCGUCAUUAUCAUAUUUCGGAUGAACUGUUGAUGGAGAAUGAACUACAAAAUAUUUAGAUUAAAAAUGACUAAAUGUAUCAGGUUUAAUUACGUAGACGUGGUAAAUGUACCUGGAGAAUAGGUGUCCCGAAACGCAUAUAACUAAAACGUGCGGAUCAGUUUAAGAAAUAUCACAUAGUUGUUACUCUGUUGCUCGAUAUAAAUAUAUAUUUUCAGUAAUGGAGCCAAAGGAAAUUUAUAUAGGUCGUGUGAGGCGCGCUGGUUGUGAAACUGCAAUUAUAGUCGCUAUACAUACUGUUUUGUUGUUUAUUUCUAAAUUUUAUUAUAUAUGUUGAAAAAGCUUGCAAAACAUUUUAUAUUAUUAUAUACGUAAAUGAAAUCGCUACGAAACUGUCCAAGUAAAUAUAUUUAUAACAGUUAUUCGGCAUGUGUAAGACCGGAUUGGGAAAACUUGAAUGAAUGGUUCAUUUUCAGCGUCAUUAUUUUUUUUAUGUUCCUACAAUUCAAUGAAUCUCUUAUGAUGUGAUUAUUUUAUAAUAUAAUUAACGAUGGUAGCUACGUUAAGCCAAUUGUUUGAUUUAGGACAUUUUGGAUGAACGUAUCAUUGGCAAAUAUACAAUGUAAUGAUUUUUUUUAAUUAUUUUUUUCUUUCAGUAAAUUAUCAUGGCAGUUUAAAUGUUUUACAUUCUUGCCCUUGAUUUAAGAAGAAGGUAAUCGUUUUCUAAAUGUCCGAAUUUUAUUUGUAUAUAAGUAAUCAGUACCUAAUUAUUAUUUUACAAUUAUAAGAUUUUGCACAAUUUUCUCUUUAGAUCUAUAACCGUCCUCAGAGUGGUGUCUUGAAUAUAUAUUUUAUUAAUGGGUUUAUGUUAACUUGUUUAUUGAUUAAUAAAAACCUUUAUAUUUUAUUUGAAAUCAACUGACAAAAUAUUACAUUCGAAUAUUUCAAUCGCUUCUAAAUUUUAUGUAAAACAAUUUUGGUAAUGUAUUGUUCUACUCGCAAUUGCUCAUUGAUUAUUUAAAUUUAUUUACAGAAUUUUAUGGAGGUAUAAUUCUCAACGCAUAAAAUGAAUUAAGAUAGUUAAAUGUAGUUAUAAUGACAAUUUUUAAACAAGUACUGAAUAUUUUAUUAUGCUAUUUUAGUUCUACUAAAUAAUGAUUUUUUUUUUAAAUAAAAUGUCCAUAUCCAAAUUACAUUCCACUAAAUUGAUAAUGUACAUAUUGUGUAAUUUAUUAAUGUGUAGACAGAUUUAAAAUCAGGUGUCAAAGAGCUUUAAAAAAAAAAUGUGUAUAGGGAAUUGCUCAUCUAUUAAAUUGGGAUAUUAUUGGUAUUAUUUUACAAUGUAUUUAUUUGUAUGGCUUACUCAACCUAAAAUUACUUUCAAUAACAAUGAUACUUUUCUUUGCACUAACUGUCAUAGUGAUAAUUAUUUUAGUAAAAUAAUUAAGUUUCAUAAAAAAUAUUGGAUCUGAUUUGAUGGUCUAUUUGUGCAGUGAUUAAUUCAUAUAAGUUUCACAUUUAAUUUACCAUAGAAAACUGUAAAAAUAUUAUGUUGAAUUUUUAGAAACUGUUGUUCACAAUCAGUAUAACUAAUAUCUUUAUUUUGUUUCGGUACCAUAUCGAUGCAGAUUUAUUGUUGUCCUUGAUUUGUUGAUCUAGUCAUGUGCUGAUUUAAAAAAAUGCCUAAAAGUCAUUUGCUUUAAUAAAAUUGAAUUACAGUAGCAGUGGGGCAAGUUUCUUAGUGCCAAAUAUAGUCGUGCCCAGGGCAACUUUAAAACAUUAACAAACAGUAAGAUUUCGUAUAAUAUUACAAUGAGCUCAACUGCAUCGAUAUCUGAUGAUUUAUUGCAUUUCUACAAGCAAUUAGAGUUGAUAUUAAAACAUAAGUUUAAUUGACGUAAUAUGUACAAUAUAACAUGCCAUGCAUAAGAAUUAACUCACUUGCUCAAACAUAUAAUUUUAAGAAAUAUACCGCUCACUUUUCAUGAGAGAAAAUAAAAUUUCAUCUGAAUGUAUACAUUUUGUAAUUCUCUUGAGUUUUUUUAAAAGAGCUUAGAUAAUAUAUGAUAGGAUGGACAUUCUCAAAUUAGAAGUUAUGACAAAAUAAAUGAAGAUACAUAAUGACAAUUCAUUAUCAUAGUUAAUGAACUGUAAAUGGGCCUUUUGUGUCUAUGACGUAAUAAGUAACUAUAUCCUCAUGACAUUUGUAAGACAAUGGCAGUAUUACGUGUAAGCAAUAUAAUAUUUUUGUUUGAUUAACACAAAUGUAUAAUUAAUGUUUAUAAAAUAAAAUAUACUGUUGUUUGUAAAAUA